AUGGCGAGCGGAUAUGUCCCCCAAAUGGAGAAAAUGGCCGGUAUGAGCAUUAGCGAGCAGCGCGUGUUCACUAGCGACCAUGUUGACGGCGAUGCGCAUGCCAAAAGCUCCUCGACAGACAAGUGUCCUAGCGACAUCACGAUGAACACUUUGGUCGAUUCACAAGCUUCGAUCACUGCAGUCCCUCCGGUUUCUCGGGACAUUGAUCCCGAACAGCCCAAGGGUCCGGCGGAGAUGGAGGCUGUCACCGUUGUUUGGACACAGGGGUGGCUGGUGGGCGCUUAUGCUGCCAUCAUGCUUAUCUCGUUCAUCAACUCGCUUCAGCAGCAGGCCAACUACUCCUGGCGACCCUAUGUUACCUCGGCGUUCCAGCAGCACGGCUUGACUGCUAUGACUGACAUUGUAGCCAACAUUGUUGGUGGUGUCUCCAAGCUGCCGUUGGCCAAGUUCAUCGAUCUCGUGGGUCGACCUCAGGGAUUCUUGCUGUGCUUAGCAUGCAUCGUCAUUUCCCUUCUACUCAUGGCGUUGUGUCAAAACGUGCAGACAUUUUGCGCUGCACAGGUCAUCUACUGGAGCGGCAUGAACGGGGUUGACUACGUCUUCAACAUUUUCAUUGCCGACACUUCUCUCAUGCAGAAUCGCCUCAUUUGGAUGGCUUUCACAGGGUUCCCCUACAUUAUCAACACCUUUGCUGGACCCGCCGUUGGGCAAGCCUAUCUCGAUCGCCUCAACUGGCGCUGGGGCUAUAUCACAUUUGUCAUCCUCACGCCACUCUUUUCACUCGCAUUCUGGCUCGUCUUCUUCUUGAUGGGUAGGCGUGCAAAGAAGAUGGGUGUCAUCAAGCGUGAGAAGAUUGGCAGGACCGUGCUGCAGAGCAUCCGUUUCUGGUGCAUCGAGUUUGACGUGAUCGGCAUUCUGCUCAUCUGCUCCGGCUUCUCGCUCGUCCUUCUCUGUUGGCCCCUCGUUAAAUACCAGGCAAAUGGUUUCGCAUCUGCACUGUUCCUUUGUAUGCUCAUCGUCGGCCUUUUCUUCAUAGGACUCUUUGUGGUCUGGGAGCGCUUCUUUGCUCCAAAGACUUUCUUCCCGUUCCACUUGAUGAAGAACCGCUCUGUUGUCGCGGCGUGCUUACUGGGUGGGAAUUCGUGGAUCGCUUUCUACUCGUACAAGAUGAUGUAUUCAUCUUACCUCCAGGUCGUCUUCCAGCUUUCCGUCUCAAAGGCAGGUUACAUUACCAACAUCUUCAACAUCGUCUCCUGCACUUGGGCCAUUCUCAUCAGUUUCGUCAUGAAGUACACCGAUACGUUCAAGUGGGGAGGUAUGAUCGCUGUUCCUGUCCAGAUUCUCAUGACCGGUCUAUUGGUAUAUCUCCGUGCGCCAGGCACCAGUAUCGCACUACUGGUCAUGGUUGAGGUUUUCAAUGCCAUGGCAAGUGCGAUGCUCCUAAACGUCGAGCAGAUCGCCAUCAUGCUUGCUGUGCCCCACGAAGAGGUUGCUGUCGGUUUUGCACUCCUAAACGUCAUUACUGCGGUUGGUGGUGCCGUCGGUCAAUCCAUCGGCGCCACUGUCUGGUCCCAGGUUGUGCGCAGCAAGAUUGAGCAGUACCUCCCCGAUACUUCCAAAGGCCGCGCCAAGGAGAUCUAUAGCGACAUCACGAUCCAGCUGGCAUUGCCAUGGGGUUCUCCGGAGCGAGAGGCGGUAGUGAUGGCGUUCGCUGAUGCGCAGAAGGUUAUGCUGAUCAUCGGCACCUGUGCGCUCGUGCCCUGCUUGAUCUGGGUAGCUAUGCUCAAGGACUCUCGCAUGAGCCUGGGCAACACAAGGAAGGGUCUGCAAGCUUGA